AUGUCAACUCGUGAGCUGCAGGUAACAGGUGAGGAAACGGAGGUUCAGAGAAGUCAGGUGGUGGAGGGUAGCAACGACGAGGUGGACAAGCUCCUGAAGGAAUUUCUGCACCUGGACCUGACCGUGCCCAUCCCUGGUGCCUCCCCAGAGGAGACGCGUCAGCUGAUGUUGGAGGGCAGCCUGAGGAUGAAGGAGGGAAAGGACAGCAAGAUGGAUGUGUACUGCUUCCUCUUCACGGACCUACUCUAAGUGAUCAAGGCAGUGAAGAAGGCUGAGGGGACCAGGGUCAUCAGGCCACCACUGCUGGUGGACAAGAUCAUGUGCCGGGAGCUGCGGGACCCUGGCUCCUUCCUCCUCAUCUACCUGAACGAGUUCCACAGCGCCGUGGGGGCCUACACGUUCCAGGCCAGCAGGCAGGCUCUGUGCCAGGGCUGGGUGGACUCCAUUUACAAUGCCCAGAACCAGUUGCAGCAGCUGCGUGCGCAGGAGCACGUGGGCAGCCAGCAGCACCUGCAGAGCCUGGAGGAGGAGGAGGAUGAGCAGGAGGACCAGGAGGAAGACAAGGAGGAAGAGGAGGGUGGGGAGAGUAGCACUUUUGCCGCCAGCUCCCCCACCAUCCUGCGCAAAAGCAGCAACAGCCUGGACUCCCAGCAUUGCGCCUUGGACGGCUCCACAGAGACCCUGGCCAUGGUGGUGCUGGAGCCCGGGGAGAUGCUCUCCUCUCCCGAGUUUGAGGGCGGCCCCUUCAGCUCCCAGUCGGAGGAGAUGUCCCUCAGUACCACCGCCUCAUCUGUCACACAGACCAGCGAGCUGCUGGCCCUGGGCCCCGGGGACAGCCGCUCCUGCUCCAUGGACUCCGCCUACUGCACCCUCUCCCCCACCUCCUUGCAAGACUUUGCGACCCCAGCCCCUGUGGUGGAGCCAGCGCCCCGGCCCCUAGAUUUACCACAGGCCCCUUCACCCCCGCCCUCGCCCUGCCUUCGCCACACCCCUGUCCAGCUACUGCCCCGCCUGCCCCACCUGCUCAAGUCCAAAUCUGAGGCCAGCCUCCUGCAGCUGCUAGCAGGGGCCACCACCAAGGGGGCGCCCUCAGCCCCCAGCCACAGCCUGUCGGAACUCUGCUUGGCUGCCACAGCCACUGGCACUAGGACUCGGGGCUCCCCUCAGGAAGCUGGGCCCCGCUGGAAUUGCGGGGGCACACCAAGCCCUGGCAGUGGCUCCCAGCUAUCAGAGAUGGAGGGCAGGACCACCUGCCUGGUGGGGGAGCCCAAAGGGCCCGCCAGGAGGAGCAGAGAACUGCCCUCAGGGAUCUCCCCCAGGGUUCAGCCUGAGCAGCCCCCUGGGAUCUCUGCCCAGCACAGGAAGCUGACGCUGGCCCAGCUCUACAGCUGCAUCAGGACCACCCUGCUGCUUAACUCCCAGGCCCUGAGCACAGCAUGGAGCCGCGCAUGCCUGGAGGGCAUGGGCAGGGGCGGGCGCACAUGUGCCUGCAUGUUGGAUCUUGGAGAAUUUUCCCUGCAGCAGCUGAGUGUCAUCAAUGAGGAGAUACGUCUUAAACAAGAGCGCUCUCCCAUGAUGGUAUUCAAGAUCCCGAGGGGAAAUGGGCCUUCACUGGAGAUGCAAUUGGAGAAGGACACAGACGAGUUCAAUCAGUAUAAAGAACACAAUGAGGCGUGGAAUUAUGUUGCAUUAUGCAGCAAAGUUGCUGCAGCUUCCUCACAAGCUACUGCAGGUUGCCGAAAGGCCAAGGCAGCUUCCACAAAGGCCAAUGCAGAUUCCACACAGGCCACUGCAGCAAGACCACAGGCCACUGAAACUUCCCCACAGGCCACUGUAGCUCCCCUGCAGGCCAUUGCAGCUUCCCCACAGUCCACUGAAGCUUCCGCACAAGCCAAGGAAGCUUUUCCACAGGCUAGUGCAGCUUCCACUGCCACUUCUCCACAGGCCACUGUGGCUUCCCCACAGGCCACAGAAGCUUCCCCACAAGCCAAGGCAGCUUCCCUACAAGACACUGCAACUUCUCCAGCAGCCACUGCAGCUUCCUCACAGGCCACUACAGCUUAUUCACAAGCCAAGGAGGCUUCCCACAGGUCACUGCAGCUUCCCCACAGGCCACUGUGGCUUCCCAGGCACCAUUGUAACGUCAUCACAGGCUACUGCAGCUUCCUCACAGGCUACUACAGGUUCCAGAAAGUCCAAGGCAGCUUCCACAAAGGCCAAUGUAGAUUCCACACAGGCCACUGCAGCUAG